UCGGCUGCAGACACUCAGCUCGGCUCGGCUGUUACAUUUCCGCCGUGGAUAUAAUCUGCUUGUUUUCCUCACUUCUCUACGUGGACUUUGCAAACAAUGAGUCUCGCUACGUUUUACUGAGACAUCCCGACAUGGAAAAAACCUCCGUAAAAGAUGAGUGUGUGGAUUCUGGUGCAGAAACCGCUGGGUCUGACUACAGUCCCCUGUCUUCUACCAGCAGUGACGUGUCCAUGGGCGAGCCCCAGGACCCCUUCCUGGUCAGCGUCCACCUGAUCGCCGAUCCCGGCGAGGGUCUCUUCCUGCAGCGGGCAGCAGAUGGCAUCCUGGCGUGGGUCCACCCUGAGCUGCAGCUCUUCAAGGUCUCGGAGCGGGCCGGCUUCUCUCAGCACCCCCGCCCCAAACACCACCACCACGGCGGCGUCCAGGCGGGUGCCCCCCAGCCGGCCCUGGCGGUCAUUUUGUUCCUCCAGGAGGGCUGCGGUGGCGGCGAGGAGCUGCACCGCUCUCUCCGGCGGCCCCCUUGGCGCUACCAUCACAGCGAGGAGGUGAGCGGCGGGCGGAGACUGCUCCCGCCGGCGCCGAGCACUCAGGACUUCUUCACCUUAGCGCCCGGAACGCCGCUGUGGGCCGUGCGGCAGGUGCACCACGGCAAAGAGAUUGUGCGCUUCACCUUGUACUGUUGCCAUGACAACUACACCGACACAGUACGUCUCUAUAAGCUGCUGCUUCAGCGCCGGCUGGCCCAGAAGAAGCAGGACUUCUGCUUCCUGGUGGUCUACUCCAACCCGGACGUGGAGAUCCAGCUGUCCUUCAAGAGGCUCCCCAGAGGUCAAAGGCCGGCCGCGCUGGACUCCACCGUGAUGGAGGUCAGGGUGCGAGACGUGGGGGCGCUGGUGCCCCUUCUCCCCAACCCGUGCAGUCCAAUCAGUGACCUUCGUUGGCAGACGGAAGACUACGAUGGAAAUAAAAUCCUCCUGCAGGUCCAAGGUGUCCACUUCAAUGUCAGACAUGAUCCCACCCACCUCGUCGCUGACUCUUCCUUGGCUCAGCAAGCUCUUACCUGUAGCUCCGCCUCCUCCAGGAGCCGCCGACAUCAUCAUUAUAGGAGCGCAUCCCGUCCCAGACUCCAUCAGCAGAUGUCGGUGUGCUCCCUCCCCCUCUGCUGUGAGGAAGACAACGGGGAGGGAGAGGGGGAGUGGUUCUGGCGUGACUGGUGCCAGCCGUCCAGGGGGCGGGGCCAGCGCUCCAACUCCCUCUUCUCUCUGCCCAACCUGGGCUCGACCAGCUCCACUUGCUCCUCGCCGGGCCCCUCCCCAGCCAGCCCCCGCCAGCAGAGGCGCUCCUCCCUCAUCCCGCCCUUCCGGCUCAACGUGGACGCCCUCUUCGGUGCCGAGGAGACGGACGUGGACACGGGGAAUAGAGUCCAAGCGGGCGGCGUGGACCUCACUGUCGUGUCCGCGUACAUCCAAACGGCCCUGGAGGCGUCUCUGCCUCCACCGGCGCCGCCAGAAGACAUCGUCCCGCCUCCUAAUGCUGACAUUUCAGAGAAUAACCCAAAGGUACAGCCAAUCAGCGACGACCACCAGACACCUGUAGGGAAAUGUACAGAAGAUGAGGAAGAAGACCAGGAAUUCUACAUUUGAUGGGCGCCUUUGCUCUCUGCUGCCCUCUAGUGGACUUAGCUUCACUUGGCUCUGUGCCGCCCUCUAGUGGACAAAACUGAACUAACCUAUUUUGUGCAUGUUGCUUUUUUCUGAUUGUAAACCCUUAUUUGUGUACAAACUGUUAAUACAUACUUUUUCCAUUUGUUUAAUUUAAUAAAACACUCCUGAUGAGAACCUCCUACCCCCCCCCUCACAUACACACACACAUACACUUAACAGUACACAAUAUAAUCCCAGCCGUUAUUCAAAAAUUCAGAUAUGGGAUGAGGGAGGGAUGCACUUUUGAUUGUAUUUUUUUGGGGGAGGGGGAUAAAACGUCUAAAAUGAUUUUUUUUUCCGAGACAUAGCUUUGUGUUAUUAUUAGUUAUUGUCAUCAUUUCGGCCUUUUCUCUUUAAAUUGCACUUUUUUGCUCCAGUUUACAGAACCACAUCACACCACGUCACAACUAAACAGUAUUGUCCGUUUGUACAGUCCUUUGCUGCCCUCUCGUGUUUGUUUUGCGAAUUGCACUCCACCAUCCUUCUAUCCAUUUUCAGGACCUGAUCCCCUGUCGAUCAGAGAGCUUUCCUCCACGUAGCAUCAUCUUAUAAAUAAAAAAAAGUGUCUGUGUCACUGUGCGGAUAAAAAAGAGUCCCCCCAAAGUGUGUCUGUAGCACCUCACUGCUGACUGGAACGUUCCAGCAGCUUGCCGACCAGGCCUAAAAAAGCCUGAUUGAAGGCAUUGGUGGCCGCCAGUUGCUCCCGUCUCAGAGACUCCUCCAUCUCUCUGGCCAAGCGCAUCUCCUCCAAGGCGAGCUGGAAGUGUUCGGACCGCUGCUGGAA